GUCUCACAAAGAAGUUCUUCAACACAAUGCUAAAGUUCUGCUUCCCGGAGCGUGACCCUGACGCUAUGGAUGAUGCGGAAGAUGAGGCCGAGGGCACGUUACGACCUUCGUCCUCCGCCAGCCUGGUCUCCACCGGCUCUAAGAAGAUGAAGAAGAAGGGCAAAGACUCAAACUCCAACUUCUACGUGAAGAGGGAUAAGAGGGACAAGGAUGAUGUUGAGAAGAUGAAGGAGCGUGCUGAAAAGAACAAGCUAUUCAUAUACAUCAAGAUACCUGAAGUACCAGUGAGGGUGUCGUACAAAGGCAGCAAAGAGAAGAAUCUGGAGGAUGUCCGGGACUUGCCGCUGGUGCUGCCGACCCUCGAGUACCACAACGUCACCUGGACUUGGCUGGAUUUGUUGCUUGCCACCAAGACUGACACUAGGAAGGUGAUCCUGUCGCAAGCCAUCCGGCAGAAGCUGCAGCUGCACCGGCGCGCCGCGGCCGCGCCCGAGCCGCACGAGGAGGACAAGGCGCGUCUGCUGCUCGGCGAGCGGACCGUAGCAGAGAGCAAACCGCAAAAGAAAAGCACGCCGAGCGUUUUCAAGUUUUCAAAAUCAUAGCAAUCAAUAAUAAAGAAGAAGAAAUAGGUUAAAAACCAUAUGAUACAUAUUCUAAUGACUGAACACUGGUUGGACUUAGCUCUUAAUGGAGCUUGAAUAAUGCAAGAAAAAAGACUUUAUUUAGCCACUUAAAGGGUAGAAGGCUAGAUUUUUUAUAGGAAGAAGUUCAAAUCUUAAACCAGGUAGAUGGGAUAUUACAUACAUGAUAACCAUACUUACAGUCAUGGUCUCAACAAGGAUGAUAUACUGGCAAUUGUCGUUGGUAAUUGGGCUUCCCAUUGCCAAAAAAACGGACUAUGGCGUGUAGCUGCGUUUAGUGAGAUUAGAUGCAGUCUUCUAAUUGCCACCCAAGCCCUGAUUUAGAUACUUGACGAGUACAGACGAAUGGUCACGAACAUCAGUGUGCUAACAACUUAUUGGGAAAUACAUAGUCAUAUAUUCGUGUACGAAUUAUUCGCCAAGUUAUUCGUCAAUAGUCUAAAUGAGGCAUUAGAUUGUUUAAGGUGGACUUCCGAUUGAUGCUUCGUAUUUGUAGACGCUUGUCACAAGCACUCCUUUAUUACUGGCUCUCUGUUUACUAUGUGCGAGUGUAUCACUCGUAAUCACAAACAAUAUUGUUAGGACUUACAGUGCGCCUGAACGCAUAGUGUCAGCAAUUUCAUAUUUGUCUUUAAUUCCAAAGUCGUAUCUUAAUAUUAACCAAUCACGUUCAUGCCGAAAGGACAGAGACACGACUUUUUAUAUAAAUAGCAUUGCUUUGCGUGUAUAAAUAACUGGCGUAUAACUAAAAUAAAGUGCGUAUGAAGUAAUGUUCGGAAGUCAACCUUUAACUCUUUAGUGUGACAGAAAGAAUCUGCGGAACUAUUGUAAUAGAGGCUAGAUGUGGAUAGGAUGUUGUGGUUUAGAAAUCGUGUAAGUAUUUAAUGAUGAUGUAUAAGGAAAGCUAAGAAUCGAUUUGAUGUUCUUUAUACAAUUGCUGUUACUUUGUGUCAAGGUGGUAGACGGAAACUUGAAAUACCUAGAUUGUUAGUCAUUAGAUAAUAGUCUAUGAUACCAGCAACAAAUUAGUUGCCAUAUUAAAAGCGAUUGUAUAAAGAAUAUUUUAUCAUUGAAGUUCAUAUACAGGGUGUUGCGUAAAGGCGGUAUACAUAAUACCCAAAAUAGGGGAAACCGAUAAUAACUUAUUUCUGAAGGUCACAUAAUUUAAGGUGUUCAUUUCUGAGUGGUUGGAUUUGUAAAUUUAAAUCGAAAUGAUUGUCGUGACUCCCUUGAAUAUAAUGACAAAUGGUAAAGGAUCAAUUUUCAAUCUACGCAGAUGUUUCAAACAUAUAUAUACUUUGUUAGUAACGA